GAGCGGGGCGAUUAAAAGACACCAGUUUGCAAUGUAUUUUGGGUUUUUGUCAGUGGUGUUAACACUACGUAGAACGUACCUCGUUUUUUUUUUGUGAUGUACAGGAUUAAAUGAGUCACGUGGUGUCCUAAAGAUCAUGUCCAUUUACCUGUGGCACCAGCUGUUAAUUAUAUUCAUAUAAUGCACAAAAGCCAUGAAUAUCUCGUAAAUUAUAUCCUUAUAAACGAUUUAAAGAUGCUGUCAGAAAGCGAUGAUUUUUUCAACUCUCCACCUAAAAAAACUGUCCGAUUUGGUGGAAAAGUGACAGAAGUCUUGAUCAAGUAUUCAAAGGGUGAUGUCACUGACUUUGAGCUUUUGAAGCAUCAGUUAUCAGAUCCAGAAAUUAAGGAUGUGCAGAUUUUAAACUGGUUGCAUGAAUUUCGCUCUUGCGUUACCUACCUGACAAAAGAUUAUGAGCAGCUUGUCAGCAUUGUAUUGAAAUUACCAUGGCUGAACAGAAGCAAGAAUGUUGUAGAGGAAUAUUUGUCCUUUUUAGGGAACCUUGUAUCAGCUCAGACUGUAUAUCUGAGAUCUUGCCUGAUCAUGAUUAUCUCACACAUUGUGCCUGCUCGAGUUAUCAUAAGAGAAGGUGAUGUGGAUAUUUCGGAUUCCGACGAUGAAAGCGAAGACAUCAUUUCAACAUUCAACACGUGUCAUAGAGCACUCCAGAUAAUUGCAAGAUAUGUUCCUUCGGCACCUCGUUUUCUCAUGCCGAUACUUGUGGAAAAGUUUCCUUACACCAACAAAUCUGCAAGAACAUUGGAAUGUUAUGUGCACAACCUUCUGCGAAUUACUGUCUACUUCCCAACGCUGAGGCUUGAGAUUUUGGAGCUUGUGAUUGAAAAGCUUUUGAAGAUUGAUGUAAGUGCUUCUCGCCAGACUAUAGAGGAGGCUGAAGAGGCUGCUUUUCAAGCUGGUGGAGAACAAAACAAAGAAGAGGGACUUUUCAACAUGGAUGAAGAUCUGCAAGAAAUUAGUACAACUCCUGUUGUUAGUGAGUCUAUGGCCCAUCCAGUUGCUGAACGUUUGGAUAUAUUGAUAUUGACCCUCUGUUCUUAUAUUAAGGACAUCUGCUUAACCAAUGAUACAUUGGACUUGAAUAAAACAAAAGACUUGUACAGAGAUUUGUUGGCUGUAUUUGAUAAGUUGAUUCUUCCAACCCAUGCUUCCAGCCACGUUCAGUAUUGCAUGUUUUAUAUUUGCAGCUUCAAAUUGGGCAUUGCAGAAGCAUUUCUUGAACAUCUCUGGAAAAAACUACAGAAUCCAAACAAUCCUCCAGUUAUACGACAGGCAGCAGCAAACUAUAUUGGAAGUUUUCUGGCUCGUGCCAAGUUUAUUCCACUGGUGACAGUGAAAGCUUGCCUUGAUCUCCUGGUAAACUGGUUGCAUGGUUAUAUUGAUAACCAGGAUGCUGGAAGUAGAGCCUACUGCGAUGUAACUGUCCAUGGUCCCUUCUACGCUGCAAGUCAGGCAGUGUUUUACUCCUUUAUAUUUCGCCAUAAACAGUUUUUAGAAGGGAACUUGCGGAAAGGCCUGACCUACCUACAGAAUCUGAAUUUGGAAAGAAUAGUCAUGUGCCAACUGAAUCCUUUAAAAAUCUGCCUUCCAUCUGUGGUUAACUUCUUUGCAGCCAUCACCAGGAAAUACCAGCUGGUGUUUUGCUACACUAUCAUAGAGCGCAACAAUCGGCAGAUGAUCCCCAUUGUAAGAAGCAGCACUGGUGGUGACUCUGUUCAAGUCAGCUUUAAUCCACUUGACAGCUUCUUUCCCUUUGACCCCUGCAUUCUGAAAAGGUGUAAAAAGCUUAUGGAUCCAUUUUAUCAAAUAUGGGAAGAGUCUAACUCUGAAGAUUUGAAAGGAGGUGAAAAGUGUGUAAAGGGUUCGACUGCAGAUGACGAAGAUGAUUUCCUUAAAGGACAAACUCCUCAGAAUGACAGUUCAGUUGAAAUGACUCCAGGGUCUUUUGAUUCUCAUCUAAGAAGCCCUAGCAGCGUGGGGUCCCCUCCAGCUGCAUUUCUACGACGACCCUUCUGAACAACGAAGCUGUCUGUAAAUGCAAUAAGCAUUUGCCCAAGGAAGUAGUCUUAUCAGCCCCCUGCUGCAAAGGGUGGUUGCUGUUGUAUUCUACGUUGCAGAAGUCAAAAAGCAAUUUCUGUCAGCAAGAGUUGAAGAGGUGCUGACCCGGAUUUCUGUGUAAAUGAAUUGGAAUAUCUGUAAGGUGCAGAGUACGAUCUUGGGGGAAAAAAAAAAACCUCUGGAAGAUUUAAGAUCUUUAAAAUUGAAAUCAUAGGAAAGUGUUGCAUUUAUAGAGGUUAAUACAGUUUUCUUCAAAGUUUAUCAAAACAAUCUACAAUUAACAACAGAAAUGAUCCCUGAUACGCUUAUUUUCACCAUAUGGCAUGUUUUUUUGCUACAACUGACAAAUGUAAAAUAAGAACCCAAAGCUUUUUUUAAAAAAAAAAAUAAAGGCUGCCCCCCCCCAGUGUAACAACAAAUGGCUUAGGGGCAAGAUUUUAAUCUACAUCUUAGUUUUGUGCACGUCCACAAAAUAUGAUGGUAGGACCCUAUGAAUAAGGCCAUAUACAUGAGUAUCUGUACAAAUUACAGUGUCCGUGUCCAUUUUAGCACAUCCUGCAGCAUUGGAAGACAUCUUGCGGCAUUUUAGCACUACUCUUGGCACCUACCUUAAUACCUUACCCUGGCAGUGGGAUGGAGGAAGCUUGUGACAGGGCAUUGCAAAAUGCAAACGAACAGACCAGUGAUGGGAGGGACACAGAAACAAUUACACAGGGUAUGGAGCAUGGAGGAUUUCAAUAUGUGUGUGUCCCUGAUCACUGAGAGAAGGGAGGAUGGAAACUGACAGGGAUAGGACACGAGUAUAUUCAUUUUGGAGGAGGAUGUCCUAAAAUGUAACAAAUCUUUAAUUAAGGAUCUAACCCAAUAUAAUAGAAGGUGGCGGUUUAGGACCAUCAGAUAAUCCUUCCUUAAAGGAACACUAACACCAGAAAAGGAUUUUAAAUUGUUUUAAAGGAAUGACAAUAUAAUAUAUUAUUACCCUGCUCUGGCAAAACUGCUGUGUUUGCUUCAUAAAGAAAACUGUACUUCAUAUAAAGAAGCUGCUGUUUAGCCUUGGGGGCAGCCAUUCAAGCACAGGAUACACAGUAGAUAAGAGACCUUCUGAACAAUCCUAUUGUAUAAUACAGACUCUAUCUGUUAUCUGCUGUGUAUCCUAAGCCUUUUCAGCUUUGAAUGUCUGCCCCCAUUGCUACACAGUAGCUUGUUUAUAUAAUCUAUAGUAGAGUUUCUGAAGCAAACACCCCAGUUUUACCACUGCAGCCUAACACAACAAUAUAUUUUCAUUACUUUUGGUGUUCCUGUUCCUUUAACCAGUUGUUUUUUUAGGUGAGCAGAUAAUCUUAUUGAACCUACUGGGGUGUUGUUAAUGACAUCUCAAGCAACUGCCACCUGGCCUGCUCAAAGACAGAGAGACCAAAGUCACCCAUCGUAAUAAUGGUCUUUGUUAUCAUACUGUACAAACUUGAAACAUUAUUCGUUUUACAAAGUGAAUUUAACAGUAGAAAGGUUAUUUCUUCUAAUGAUGUGUUUAUACAUAAUAUAUUUAAACAAGAACUAAUUAAAGGAAAGGAAAGGCCAGGGGGUGCCAUCAUUUAUGCCAUUAUUUUACACCGUCUCAGACCUGGCAUAACCUAUUCAAGUCAAUGGGAAAAGUUUAGGUGGCAAGAAAGUUAUGGCUUAAGAGAUGCUGUAUAUAUGUAUAGCAAUGGUAAUCACUGCUUAUUUAUACCAGAAUUUUACACUUUGCUAUGCAGUUUCCUAAAUACCCAGCUUGAUAAAUACAACAGAUUUGUGUGUCAAUGUGUGGUGUAUUCACAUACAGUUUUUAACACAGCUUAAUAGAUAGGCCCCAUUCUGUGUUAUUCUUUUACUUGCACGCAAUACUAUUUGAAAGAGAGAUAUUUCUAGAUCAGGUUUGCCCAACUGGAGGAUAAAGCCAAAUGUGGCAUUAUUGUGGAUUUAAUGGCACCCAAUCUGCUCAUGGGCUUCACAGCAUCUCUAUGACAUUAUUUUAAUACAAUCUCACCCUUGAGCAUGCUGUAUCAACAAAUAAAUCGCUCACUAUAUGUAAAUAGUUGCACGUUACUUUCCAAUAUAAUCUAUCCUGGCUUUUCAUUACCAUGAGAAUUGCUUUUGAGAAUCUUUUAUUGUUGCUGUGUUAUUUGUUUUACAUCUGUAUGGAAUAUACAAUAAACAGUGUCAUUACCAUAGGUGUAAAUAUAUGCUUUUGUCUAUUAAAUGUGUCAGUUACUU